AGUCAGAACCUUAACAUCAAAAGUCAUGAUUAUAAUCCAUAUGAUCAUAGAGAAACCCGAAGGCCUUUAUCAAACUUAGCUGCACUCAUUCUUCUCAUGAAAGGGGCCAUUGGAAUGGGAAUAGUAUCAGCAUCCCUUAUCUAUAAAGAAGGAUACUUGACUGGAAUCAUAUACACGUGUGUCAUAGGAGUAUUGAUUACACAUUGCUUGCACAUACUGUUUCGCUCACAAUAUAGGCUAUGUAGACGUCUGAAAGUUCCGGUAUUGUCUUAUUCGGAAUCAAUGAAGAAAGCAUUGGAGACUGGUCCACGACGCUUGAGAGUGCUUCAUAGAUAUGCCCCGUUCAUAGUAGACAGUUCAACAUUACUAUGCCAGUUUACCAUUUGUACGUCUUAUGCAUUAUUUAUUCUUCAAACAUUCGGAUUCUUCGAGAUGUACACAACCUGGAUGAAUAUUGGGCUUGAGAGAUACCUAUAUUGUAUCCUUCUGAUCGCACCCUUCAUUCUUAUCCUUUAUCUGGGUAAUUGGAAAAUUGCAGUUUAUGUAUCGAUUGCCGCAAGCUUAGCCUCGAUAUUUUCAUUGGGAAUUUUUGCUUCCUACAUUUUCGAGGAUCAGAAGUCACUUUAUGACCUAAGGAUGGUGGGAGACGUUAGCCAGUUGCCAAACUUUUUUGGACCUGUUUUGUUUUCGCUAGAAGCAGUGACAGUGGUUACAACAUUCGAGAAACACCUUCAAUCGCCGAAGAAGUUUUUCAGUUCUUGGGGUUCCCUGAAUAUAGGAAUGGCAUUGAUAACCAUUUCAUACAUACUUGUAGGAUUUUUAGGUUAUUGGAAAUAUGGAGAAUUUGCAGUGGGUAGUUUCAUGAACGACUUACCUCUGAGAGAUUCAGCAUCCAUUUGGUGUAGAUCUUUAUACACACUUUCCAUUUAUCUUUCUUACGGUUUGCACGGAUUCGUCCUGGUGGAUGUUCUGUGGAUGAAGAAAUGUAGGGGACAUGACUUGAAAUUCAAACAUUUCUUCAGGGUCGCCUUCGUUAUUGGAUCAACUCUCAUCAUAAUAUUUGUGCCCUUCAUCGUGAGAACUGUAAUUUUGGAUGCCUUACUUGCUCUUUCUUUGCCGAUUCUCGGAAUUGUUCUCCCAGCUUUAAUGGAAUUUUGUGUUGAAUGGCCAACACAUCACGAAAGGAGAAUAUUAGUACUCUGGAAAGAUGCUCUAUUCAUCCUCAUUGGGUUGGUGGAUGCAUUUGUUGGUAUAUAUUUUUGUAUAACACAACUUAUUCAAUUCUUCGCAGUAAACAGGGAUCCUUUUUUCUGGUAAUCAUUUAAUAUUAGCACAUUCACAUCUUGUAUAUAUUAUGAAUUAAAUGUUCAUCUGACACAACAA